GCACUUCAGUGCUUUUUCAUUAUUGUUAGUGUUCAACACUGGACUUCCCCCGAGUAUCUUCUUCCAUGGUGCACUGAACGGGAUAAGCCUGGUCGAGUGCUGGUUAUGCAUAUUGGCUUGUUUCACAUGCCAUCUCUCGAACACAGCCGUUUCAGGAAAAUCACAAUUUCAGGCUCUCGUAGCACUCAUUAGCCACCUUGUAGCCUGUAGUGCCAGACAGGUUAUUUGAGGGGGGCCAGAUUACUAGAACUUUAGGCAACAAUUCAUACUUUUUAUGACUACAAAACCUUUUUUGGUCCCUGUCACAAUAGCUGAUGUCCAACUCUUACUGUGUUUUGUACUAGCUCCUCCUAUAAUUCACUCCUUCCAUAUUUUGCCCCCCUCCAGCCAAACGCCUAAAUAAGCAUGGAGAUUUUAUGGGGGAAUGUUGUGGUUGGCGUACUAAUGUUCCCCCCCCUGACCAAAUCCGUAACCUCGCUGCGCAUGCGUCGUCGAGCCCCUGCGCCCGCCCCCGGCCCCGUGUACGACAUCGUACGAUCGCACUUUUGCGUGCACUUGUGGCAGCUUUGUGGCGGGUGUGAAGAGAAAGCUGGAAGCCGAAUGCAAGCAGCAGCAGCAUGGACUACGCAGUUGUCGUGGUUCUGCUCGUUCUCACAGGAGCUAGGGCCCAUUCUAAGGGUCGAUGUCCACCCGACGUUCCCCCGUUUGACCCCUUGGGCAGUGGAAACUCAAGUGCUGGUGGCGAGCUCGUCAGUGGAAGCGGUCUCGGAAGACCAUCGUGCGAAGAGCUAGAUCUCGAGGUGCGCCAGCGAGAAGGGAUUCUACUUGCAUUGAAUUACUACUGUCGCCACGUAUUCGCUCCGUCGCCUGACUGCGAAUCGGAAUCCUGCAAGGUAUGCGAGGUUUUGGUAGCGUGCAGAGUCCCGUCAACCCCCUCUGAUGUGUGUUCCAGCGAAAUUCUCCUGUCUUGCAGUGCUCUACCAGUUUUCCCGUAUGUUGACGAUCUUUACAGCGGAGUGUGCGAUUACGCUGCGAGUACGUGUCUGAGCAACUCCAGCACUGGAGUCUGUGCAUCGAAACUACUAAUACAGACCUGCACCCUCACUGCUUUCUAUGACCCCUGGCCUUGUGAUUGUUUUUUGCCUAAUGCCACUUGUGACUUGUGUGAACUAGUCUUGCUGCUGUGUCCUGAUGGCAAUGGUGGGAGCAGUGGAGGUAGCAAUGGUUCCGACUUCUGCAGCUACCUGAACACCGAGGAAGGCACUGGUUAUGUCUUCUUGUGCCAGUCUGUACCUCCUGAGGGACCUUGUCCUUUUUCUUAUGAAACUUGCUUUUUUUGCUCUUACGUAAAUAUGGGUGAAUGUGGCCACUUUCCGACUGUCACUAUCUCAGACCUUUGUGCCUUGUCUAGACUUGUAACAGCAUGUGAUUUCCCUUCUAUUGUUGGCGACACUGAAUUUUUCUCGGAAAUUUGCAGUUACAUCGCAGUCAGUGACUGUGGAGGGAAUGGCAGUACAUGUGUAGGGGCACACUGCCCUCUCUGUAACUACUUCAGCAAGGAUGAAGGUCUAGGCUACGUGUUCUUGUGCCAUUCGUUCUCAAUGCAUAGCUAUUGUCCGUAUUCAAAUGAAACAUGUGGCUACUGUGAGUUCAUUGCUUCAGGUGCAUGUAGCAAUUUGCCUCAUGUCAGUCAUUCAGAUCUAUGCAAGAUCUCAAGCCUUGUGUCUGCUUGUGAGUACUAUCCCAGAGAAACAGAGUUUUUCUUAGAAAUUUGUCCUUUCACCAGCAUGUGCACUGGAGUCAGUGGUAGUGGGCUUGCAAGUGGUGGUGGGAGUGGUUUUUUGGAUCUGGCAGUUCUAGUGGCAGUGGUUCACGUUCACUCUGCUCACAAGUGGAGGUAGGAUUUGUUUACUACUGCCUCUCGUCCUUCGCAUUCGGGGAGUGCACUUCACAGAGUAUCUGUCACGUUUGCGAACUCCUACUCUUUUGCCCUGAUUUAACUCUUCCCUCUACGAGAGAGGUUUGCUCGCACUAUGAGACUGUCUUUCCGUGUAUAGGUGGUCAAGAAGAUUUGGGGGACUACUGCUCUCAUAUAAUGGGCCUUUGCCUUGCUAGUGAUGACAGUGGCAUCUGUGAGGUGCAGGAGUUGGUCACAGAUUGCAUUAUUUUAGCCACGGGAGAGACUUGUAGCCUUCCUAGGUUUGCUGAAGUUUGCGGCAAUUGUUUUUCCAUUCUGAACUUGUGUGUGCUGGAACCAUCAAUUUCCCUCAGCUUUUCUCAAUCCCAAACUGUGCCUACAAUAUCUAGUGCAGGUUUGCCUCUGACAGGCAGUUCUUUAUUAUCACCUACUGCAUCAACUGAUCUUUUAUCUAUGGAAACAAUGGGUACUGUGUUAGGCACAUCUUCAGCUUUUCAAGCCACUUCAAGCCUUUUAGCCAUAUCAAGCCCCAUGUCAGCAUUACUUACUACUUUGAGUCCUGUGUUGGUUGUGCCUACAUCAAGCCUUGUGUCUGCUGCACCUUCAUCAAGCACUACAAGCCCUGUGCAGGCCGAGCCUACGUCUAGCCCUGUGCAGACCGAGCCUACAUCAAGUCCUGUGCAGAUUGAGCAGACGUCAAGCCCUGUGCAGACCGAGCCUGCGUCAAGCCCUGUGCAGAUUGAGCCUACGUCCAGCCCUGUGCAGGCCGAGCCUACGUCUAGCCCUGUGCAGACCGAGCCUACGUCAAGUCCUGUGCAGAUUGAGCAGACGUCAAGCCCUGUGCAGACCGAGCCUGCGUCAAGCCCUGUGCAGAUUGAGCCUACGUCCAGCCCUGUGCAGGCCGAGCCUACGUCAAGCCCCGUGCAGGCCGAGCCUAUACCCAGUUCUAGUAGUUCUGAGUCAACUGUGAUUCCAUCUCCUACAGCAAGCACUUCUACCUUCCCAGAGGGCACAGCUGUAGAUGUCAGUAACCUAAGUAAGGAGCAAGCUGAGAACACUGUCAGUCUUGAAAUCCAAGGCAUCACGGUGGCUGUUUUUCUUGAGAAGGAGCAAUUGUUCAGGAGAAGUAUUGCUGAUGCCCUUAACAAAGGGAUUGAUCUGACACAGAAAAAGAGGCAGAAAGAGGAAUUUACAGCAGAUGAUAUCACAUAUGUUGGACAGCCUGUGGCAACUGAUGGUGGUGGGGUCGUGGUGGCCUUCUUCACUGAGUAUCCUGACGGCCAGCGAGUGGUUGAUGGUAGUGACCUGGCCAAAGUCCUGGAUGACAACAGCGAUGAUAUCAGUGAUGCUGCUGGGGGCAAAGUGAGGGGAAUAAAGAAGGGGGUACCAGAGGCUCUGCGUCCUGAUGGUGAUGGAACAGAUUCUACUGGGUCUAGUGGUGAUGGUGGUGGGUUGAGUGGAGCUGCUGUGGCGGCUAUUGUGGUCGUGGUCCUCAUUGUUGCCGUGCUUGUUGCUAUGGCGGUGGCUGGAGCAGUUCUGGUGUGGUUCCGAAAAAAUCGGCAAAGCUUUAUGAUUGUGACGGGUGGCAGUGCCACUAGUGACCCAUCAGGAGAUGGUGGCAGAGGAGGAAAGAGUGGGCGAGUUUUCCCAAUGAGGGCUGGCUCUGAUACCUACGUUCCUGUGCCUGCAACAGCAAUGGCUGCAAACAGAGGGGAAGUUGAUGACCAAGCCAGGGGAAAAUGUGAAGAUGAAGCCACUGAAAGAGACCCCCUGGAAGAGGGUCUAAAGAUAACUCAUCUCUGAAUUUGCAGCUGUAUUCAAUUAUGUAGCAGUUUGUUAAUAGUCUUAGAACUUUGUGUGUAUGGCCAUUAUCAUUGCUUUAAGCAUGACUUGUUCGAGAG